AAUUUACUCACACACACUUCACUUAAAAACCCACUUCUCAUCUCCCUCUCUUCAAAUCCUCCCUUCUUCUUCCAUUAAAAUCAACCCACAAAACUUCCCCACAAAAUAGAAAUAAAUUCAAGAAAAUGCGAAUCCUCCUUCUUCUUCUUCUUCUUCUCUUGCUUCUUCUUGAUUUCAAUAAUGGCAGAACAUUACCAGAACAAAAUGCUUUACUAGGCAUUAAAUCCGCCAUUACAGACGACCCACAAGCUUCUCUUUCUUCCUGGAACACCACCACCCACCACUGCACUUGGCCUUUUGUCAUUUGCUCAACCACUGUUAACCACCAUUCUGCCGUCGUCUCUCUAAACCUCUCGGGUUUAAACCUCACCGGAAUCCUCUCCCCUGAUAUUGGCUUUCUCACUAACCUACAAAACCUUACUGUUGCGUCUAACUCCUUUUCUGGCCCUAUUCCGCCGUCUGUCUCUCUUCUCACCGAGCUCCGGUACCUCAACCUCUCAAACAACAUCUUCAAUGAAACCUUCCCUUCUUCUCUCUCCUCACUCAAGAAGCUAAAUAUCCUUGAUGUUUAUAACAACAACCUCACUGGACCGCUUCCGCUGUCUGCCGUUGGUAUGACGGAGCUCCGGCAUCUUCACCUUGGGGGUAACUACUUUUCCGGCGAGAUUCCACCGGAGUACGGGCAAUGGAAGAAGCUAGAGUACCUUGCGGUAUCCGGGAACGAGCUUGAGGGGAAGAUUCCGGGGGAGAUCGGUAACUUGACUUCCCUCAAAGAGCUUUACAUUGGGUACUUUAAUGGCUACACCAGUGGGAUUCCGCCGGAGAUUGGAAACUUGACGGAGUUAGUCCGAUUUGACGGUGCUAAUUGUGGAUUAUCUGGUGAACUACCGGCGGAGUUGGGGAAGCUUCAGAAGCUGGAUACGUUGUUUCUUCAGGUGAACACUCUUUCUGGGUCACUCCCAGCUGAGUUGGGAACCUUGAAAAGCUUGAAAUCCAUGGAUUUAUCCAACAAUUUGUUCUCCGGUGAGAUUCCUGAAUCUUUCGCUCUCCUAAAAAACCUAACCCUGUUAAACUUAUUUCGAAACAAAUUGCACGGUGCCGUGCCGGAGUUCAUAGGAGAGUUGCCUGAUUUAGAAGUUCUUCAGUUAUGGGAGAAUAAUUUUACAGGAAGUAUCCCGGAAAAGUUGGGUACAAAUGGGAAAUUGCAGCUUCUAGAUCUUUCAUCUAACAAGCUUACAGGUAGUUUACCCCCAAAUCUUUGCAGAGGAGAGAGAUUACAAACCCUAAUUACACUGGGAAAUUUCUUACUUGGCCCAAUUCCUGAGAGUUUGGGUAGUUGCAGCUCACUUGCACGGGUUAGAAUGGGGGAGAAUUACUUAAAUGGGUCAAUUCCUAAAGGAUUGUUUGGUCUACCUAAAUUAACCCAAGUUGAGUUGCAGGAUAAUCUCCUUACCGGUGGUUUCCCUGAGGCAGGAAACACUGUGGCGGCGAGUCUCGGUCAGAUUUCAUUGUCGAAUAAUCAGCUGACCGGGAGGUUACCGGCAAGUAUCGGUAACUUCUCUGGUGUUCAGAAGUUGUUGCUAGAUGGGAACAGGUUUAGUGGGAGUAUCCCAGCUGAGAUUGGGAGGUUACAACAGCUUUCUAAGAUUGAUUUUAGUAAUAACAAGUUUUCGGGUGAGAUACCGCCAGACUUUAGUAAGUGUAAGCUGCUUACUUUCGUCGAUCUCAGUCGGAAUCAGCUCGGUGGAGAGAUUCCGAAGGAGAUUACAGGUAUGAGGAUAUUGAACUACUUGAACAUAUCAAGGAAUCAUUUGAGUGGUAGUAUUCCUGGAUCAAUUUCUAGUAUGCAGAGUUUAACAUCGGUUGAUUUUUCAUACAAUAAUUUCACUGGUUUGGUGCCUGAAACUGGGCAGUUUAGUUACUUUAAUUACACUUCCUUUUUGGGUAAUCCUGAUUUGUGUGGCCCUUAUUUGGGUCCUUGCAAAAAUGGGGUUGGUGGUUCUUCACACCAAAAUCAUGGUAGAGGCCUAUCUGCUUCAUUGAAGCUAUUCUUGGUCAUUGGCCUUCUGUUGUGUUCCAUAAUCUUUGCAAUUGCUGCCAUAAUCAAGGCUCGUUCGCUUAAGAAAGCAAGCGAGUCUCGAGCAUGGAAGCUGACCGCCUUCCAACGAUUAGAUUUCACUGCGGAUGAUGUGUUGGAUUGCUUGAAGGAAGAUAACAUUAUUGGGAAAGGUGGUGCUGGGAUUGUUUACAAAGGAAAUAUGCCAAAUGGUGAUCAAGUCGCUGUUAAGCGUCUUCCUGUAAUGAGUAGGGGUUCAUCUCAUGAUCAUGGGUUUAAUGCUGAGAUUCAGACUUUAGGGAAGAUUAGACAUAGGCAUAUUGUUAGAUUGUUAGGGUUUUGCUCCAACCAUGAGACUAAUCUGUUAGUGUAUGAGUACAUGCCUAAUGGAAGCUUAGGGGAGGUGAUACACGGUAAGAAAGGCGGUCAUUUGCAUUGGGAUACAAGGUAUAAGAUCGCUGUUGAAUCAGCCAAGGGGCUUUGCUAUCUGCAUCAUGAUUGCUCGCCGUUGAUUGUUCAUCGCGAUGUCAAGUCCAACAACAUCCUUCUGGAUUCCAGUUUCGAGGCUCAUGUUGCUGAUUUCGGCCUUGCUAAGUUCUUGCAAGAUUCAGGCACUUCAGAGUGCAUGUCUGCUAUUGCUGGUUCCUAUGGAUACAUUGCCCCAGAAUAUGCCUACACAUUGAAGGUUGAUGAGAAAAGUGACGUUUACAGCUUUGGAGUGGUUCUGUUGGAACUGAUCACUGGUAGGAAGCCAGUUGGUGAAUUUGGUGACGGGGUUGAUAUAGUUCAAUGGGUAAGAAAAAUGACUGAUGGCAACAGGGAAGGAGUCCUAAAAGUGUUAGACCCUAGACUCCCUUCAGUUCCACUACAUGAAGUAAUGCAUGUAUUCUAUGUGGCCAUGUUGUGUGUUGAAGAACAAGCCGUGGAGCGACCCACUAUGCGAGAGGUGGUUCAAAUACUACUUGAGAUCCCAAAACCACCAGCAUCUGCAAAGCAAGGUGACGACUCACCUCAACAAACUACUACAGAUGCCACAAGUUCUCCAACAAACGAAAACCAGCCACCACCAAAAUCACCACCGCAAGAUCUUCUUAGUAUUUAGUGUGCUCUUUCUACUCUAGCUAUACUAUGUUACAGUAGUAUGGUACCACUAGAAUUUUCGCUGCGUCUCUCAAUGAAAGCAUUGUGUUGAUAGUAGCUUGAUUUUCAGUGCUUUUAGCAUGUUUUAUUGGGAGGGUAAAGACUAAAGAAUGAACAAGGGGGUGUUACUUAAGACUUAAGACUGUUAGGGAGAUUGCUGUGUGCUAACUUUAAGGUCUUAAAUGUGUUUAGUUCAAGAUUUUUUCUGGGUUGUACAGUUUUGUAUUGGUGGGUUUUAGCCAUUAAGGUAAGUUUUCUUCAACA